AUGAUCGUGGGGGGAACCCGCCUGGGGGCUGCUGCUGCAGGGCCCUGCGCGGCCGUCUGCAGGGAGGGCCUCAGAAGCCCUUGCUGCUGCAUGCGCGUGUCUGCUGCUGCUGUGGGACUUCUGCGACCGGCAGCAGGCGGCAGCAGCAGCAGCAGCAGCAGCAGAGUGCCUCCACAGCAGCAGUUGCUGCAGCACUGCAGCUUGACGCCUCGCUUGCUUUCCGUUCCCCGUUCCUCCCCGGAGAAGCAGCUCUGUCCGGUGACGCCGCAGGCCCUGUUGCUGCACCAGCAGCAGCAGCAGCAGCAGCAGCAGCACCUGCUGCAGCAGGUGCGGCUCUACACCCCGCCCUCACGGCGCACCUGGUCGAAGCAAAAUGAAAAGCUGCACAUCCGGAGGCCCUUAGUGGAGUCUUUUGCUGCUCACAAGCUGCACCCCACGCUGCAGUGGUGGAGGGAAAGAAGACACAAACCGGACACCUUCAUGGGCCUGCCGGACCCGCUGCUGCUGCAGCUGCGCGGCGGCAGCAGCUACUUCGAGCAGCAAGACUUGGUGGGCGUGGCUUGUGCUGCAGUGCGGCUGCAGCGUUCAGAUGUCCGCGAUGCCCCAGCUGUACGUACACUCCAGGGCGCGCUGCAGCACAAAAUCGGGCAGCUGCUGCCCCUCGAUGUUGCUGCUGUUUUGGAGGCCAUGGCAAACCCUUUCUACUUCUCCCACAGGCUGACGGACGCUGCAGUGAGCCACUUGGAGCUGCUGCUGCAGCACAGAAAGGACUGGACAGCAGAAGACUUUGCUGCUUCUUUGCGGGCCCUCGCUCGCCUGGGCCUCAACGAGCCCCAGCUGCUUGCUUCUCUAGGGGAGCGACUGGUGGCCAGCGGCGCUGUGGGGCUGCCAUCGAAUUUGCUGCUGGAUGCAAUUGAGGCCCUUUGCGUGGCUUACCCUGCUUUAACCGCCUGUGUCCAGUACCAGCAGCAAACCAGCAGCAGCAGCAGUAGCAGCAGCAGCAGCAGCAGCGGGGAUGCAGAUGCAGACCUGGCAGCGCACCUCAGGAAGCCAAACCCUAUGAAGUACACUUCGCCGCCUCCCCCCAAAACUCCCUACAACACCCCCAUUUCUUACAAGCCUCCCCGGCAGCAGCAGCAGCAGCAGGAGGUGGAGCAGCUGCAGCAGCAGCAGGUGGAGCAGCAGCUGCAGCAGCAGCAGCAGGAAGGGGAACCUCUUUGCCCCGUGUUCGUCUCGUGGCUGCCUGUGCUGCUGAACGCUUUGCUGCGCGAAAGCCCCCGAGGCAGCUUAACUGCAGCAGAUGCUGCUUCUGCCUUGUCGCUGCUUGCUGCUGUCACCCGCAAGGAUACAGCAGCAGCAGCAGCAGCAGCAGCAGCAGAAGCAACAGAACCCCAUGUCGCAGCAGCAGCAGCAGCAGCAGCGGCAGCAGAGAGACGAGCGGCAAUAGCCGCUGCCGUCUCAAAGGCCCUGAGAGAGCCUAUACAGCGCGGUGCCUCUGCAGCUAAGUAG